GUGACAUUGACUUGCUCAAUAAUAAAAGGCGCACAUCCGCAGCAUCCUGAACUGCCCUCACCGUAUCCUUUCUUUGUAUAUUUUUCAAUCAUCUUCCAUACAUCACAUACAUCAUGAACAAUGGCAGUGACUACUUGCCAUCGACGCAAAUGCAACUAUCGUCACCUUUAUCCACUCCUAAUAUAACUGAUUCUGAUAGAAAUGAGGCCGAUUCAAUGCCGUCGCAGCCGUUAUCUGCACAUGCCACCGCGCCUUGGCCAUCAAUGGAGUUUAGUCCAUCCGAUGAGCAUAACUAUCCCUUAGCAAGAGCAAAAACACCGCCAGCGAUAAAAGAUAUACAGUUGAAACCAAACUUAUCUGCAUCGCCCCAUUCAUCAACGAAGGAGAUACCAUCAGAUUUAGAUAUCUUUUUUUCGUCCUUGCGGAAACGGUCCGCUUCGUCAAUAUUUCUCGAAGAGCGACGCUAUACGAAACGGGCGGAAACAUUGUCUGCUGCAAGAGAUGCGCUUACUGUGUCGGCCACUGAUACCAGGGAAUCUACCCACGACGAUACCUACCAUGACCCUCCAAUUGACACAGGGGCGGCCAGUCGGUCGCUUUCCCCUUUACCAGAUUAUACCUCUCAGUUGUCUGUUGCCCAGCAUUCACCUGUAUUUUCAAGUUCGGAGCCAGCAGCAGCAGCUGACAGUCCCAAUUCCGCUUUGCCAUCCCCUGUCUCUGAUGUCGAUGAAUCUUGGCAUACACCGUCACUCGCCCCUAAUCAAGAGGGCCAUGAUUGCGUCGCAACCCCUUCAAUCAUCGACAGAUUUGAAAUCUUCCCGCCAGAUAUUCAAUCCUAUUUCCUGUUUCAGCUCUUGCGAAGAUCACCCUUGAGUAUCCUUCGUAUGACGAAUUCCGUGAUCCUCGAUGUUCUCAAAGUUGAUUUUCUUUCCUUAUUACCUCUGCAUAUUACCCAUCGCAUUCUCCUGCAUUUGGAUUUUCGCUCACUCUGCCGUGCCACUCGUGUCAACAGAACCUGGAAAAAGCUCAUUGAUGGUAAUGCAGAAUUGUGGCGCCACAAAAUCCUGGAGGAGAGAUUCGUUAUCACCGAAAAGGAAGAAGUAUCCAACGUAUCACAAGAGCUGGUCAUUGGGGAGCUAGAAAAAAUGGAACCGAACCCGGAUACGGAACAGCAACCGCAGUAUGGUGUCACUCUGGGUGACCAUCCGUUCAAAGCAAUUUUCCACCGUCAUUAUACCACCCGUCUCAAUUGGAAAUACCAUCGAGUUCAUCGUCUUCGACUAUUUGGGCAGACCAACAACGUGAUUACAUGCCUUCAGUUCGACGAGGAUAAAGUUAUCACCGGUUCCGACGAUGAGCUCAUCAAUAUCUACGAUAUCCGCACUGGCGAGCUGCGGCGAGAACUCAGCGGCCAUGAAGGUGGCGUAUGGGCGCUGCGGUAUGUCGGUAACACAUUAGUCACAGGCUCCACCGAUCGCACGAUUCGUGUGUGGGAUAUUCAAAAGGGCACCUGUAAAUAUAUCUUCCGUGGUCAUUCCAGCACGGUACGCUGUCUCAGCAUCGUUUUGCCAACCAAUGUCAAUCCUGGACGGAAUCAACCUCCUGUGAUGCAGCCGAGCAUACCGCUAAUCGUGAGUGGUUCGCGCGAUUCCACUUUACGCAUAUGGCGAUUACCGAAUCUGGACGAUACGGAUGCUAUAGCACCGGUGGAUGUGGAUCAAAAUUCAAGUGACUCGUUCCACAUACAUACUUUGAUUGGACAUACACAAUCUGUGCGUGCGUUAGCAGCUUACGGAAACACUCUCGCCAGCGGAAGUUAUGACCAUACGGUCAGGAUCUGGGAUAUUGCGACUGGCAAAGCUAAACAUGUCUUGCAAGGUCAUAUGCAAAAAGUGUAUUCAGUUGUUUUGGAUAUGGAACGAAAUCGAUGUAUUAGUGGUAGUAUGGACACCACUGUGCGUAUUUGGAAUCUUGAAACGGGCGCUUGCGAGCGGAUACUACGAGGUCACACCAUUUUGGUGGGUCUUUUAGGAUUGGCAGGGGAUACGCUGGUGAGUGCUGCGGCAGAUGCAUCCCUUCGGGUUUGGGACGCAGACACCGGCGAUUGCCGGCAUGUACUGCAUGGACACCAGGGCGCCAUUACUUCCUUCCAGCACGACGAGCAUAAACUUAUUUCUGGAUCGGAUGGCGGUGUGAAGAUGUGGGAUGUCAAAACGGGCAAAUUUAUCCGUGAUCUUAUUGUCGAUGUCAAUGGCAUUUGGAGAGUAGCUUUUGAUGAUAGAAGAUGUGUUGCUGCGGUGAUCAGUGACAAUGUGACACGUCUCGAAAUAUUAGAUUUUGGUGUUCACGGACUGGAGCAAUAGCCACAUGUUGUUUUUCUCCCUUCUUCUCAUCCACCAUACUUUAUUUUGUUUUAUCUUUUUUGCUUCUAUAUUAUUUACAAGUCAUUUACUCUUUCUCGUAAUAUAUUAUGCCAUCCCAUAUCUUUAUUAUUCGAUUAAAAAAAAACU